AAGCGGUUCAUCCGGUUGACAGGUCGAACCGCUCUUUCCCUAUUUUGGCAACUAACUAACUAACCGUCCAAAUCGAAACCCUAACCUAAACUCCCAAGAAGAUAUAUGUUCCUUCCGCUCUUUCCUCCAUUUUCUCCCCACAUUGAUCCCAGCUGCUUUGCCUUCGGCUCCCCUCUCGUGACUGCCUCCUUCACUGCGUCUCAGUUGUGGCAGCUUCGGUUGCGCGGCGGAGCACAGAUAAAAGCUCUCGUGGAUCCCCGCGGUGCUCUGGGUAGUUUACUGCAGAUAUGCACACUAUUCACCGCGUAAUAUCUCGGUUAUCCUCAACCACGGUGUGCAGUAGUACACCUGCAUCGAGAUUUCUAAAGGAAACAAGUGCUACAUCUGCAUUUGGUGCUGAAGCAAGUCAAUUCAUUAGGGCACGUGGCUUUUCUUCACAGUCGGGCGGUAGUGGUGGUGGUGGUGGAAAUCAGGGAACGAACGAUUGGGAAAAUUCUGCUGCAGGUGGAUCGUCCUUCGGUUCGACCGGGUCUGAUGAUCUGGGAUGGGACUCUGUUUCAUCAUGGUCAACUGGAUUGACCAAGGAUCAUUUUGAUGGGGAGAUGGUUGGCAAGAUGGCAAGUUCAACUGGCAAGGAAAACACAGCUUCUCAGUCGUUGAAGAUAUUUGAGUUGCAGGAUCUUGAUGAUAAGCUAAACGAACUGGAUGCAGAGAACAAGAAAGGGAGGGCUUUUGUUAAUGGAUGGGGGGAGAGAUUACGCGAAAUAAGUGGGUUGUUGAAGCAAGUAGAGGAGCCUGGUGCUAGAGGAUCUUAUCUUAAGGAUUCAGAGAAGGCAGAGAUGUAUCGGUUGCACAAAGAGAACCCUGAAGUGUACACUGUUGAGAAGCUUGCCAAGGACUACAGAAUCAUGAGGCAGAGAGUGCAUGCCAUUCUCUGGCUCAAGGAAGAGGAGGAAGAGGAGAGAAAGCGUGGUCGUAUCCACGAUGACUCAGUCGAACUUUUGCUUGAUACCUGCCCAGAAUUUUUCAAUUCCCAUGACAGAGAGUUUCAUGUAGCAUCUCUUCCUUACAAACCUGAUUUCAAGGUGAUGCCCGAGGGUUGGGAUGGUACAACUCGGGAUCCAGAUGAAGUCCACUAUGAGAUAUCCAUGAAAGAAGAUGAAAUGCUGUACCAAGAGUUUGUCCAGAGGAUGGAAUUCAACAAAAUGAAAAUUGCUGGGAAGGUUAAAUGCCACAAAUAUAGUAGGCGGCGCCCAUCUGAAGGCUGGAACUUCACGGUGGAGAAAAUGGGCCCUCAAGGAAAGCGUGGAGGUGGCGGUGGCUGGAAGUUUGUAAGUUUACCAGAUGGCUCCAGCCGACCUCUAAACGAGACAGAGAAAGUAUAUGUGAAGCGAGAGACUCCACGACGGAGGCGCAAGAUUUUCCCAUGAUUUCAUUAUCAUCAGAUUCCGACGGCAAGGGUUAUUGAUUAGGGAGUAGUCUGGGAAUAUCUUCAGUGAUACGAGCUUGGGGGUAAUCACUCUGUAUAAUAAGAAUGAAAGGAAGGCAGUUGGAGCUGGGUUCAUUUGUUUUUCUCUUUUCUUUGAUGUACUGGAAAAUGGGUGAAAUCUAGCCCUCUUUAACUAUACAUUCAAACAAUUUCCUUCCAUUCUUGGUUUACAGUUGAUAUAAACACAGAGAAAAAUACUCGUCUUAGGCCGUCUUCAAUCCUCGGGUGGAAGCUUGUAUAUGCCAUAACCAGUAUUUUGUAGGACCCUUUAUGGCUCUCUCUGCACAACUUUUCAAA